AGCGGCAGCAGCAGUAGAGACGCAGAGAGACGCAGGGUCAGAGACACAGAGACACAGGGACCAGGUAGACACAGAGACCAGGAGACAGAGACAGGGGGGUGGAGACACAGAGAAAACGAGACACAGAGACCAGGAGACAGGGGGGUGGAGACACAGAGACAGAGGGUGGAGACACAGGGACAAGGAGACACAAAGACCAGGAGACAAAGACAGGGGGUGGAGACACAGAGACAAUUAGACACAGAGACAGGGGGGUGGAGACACAGGGACAAGGAGACACAGAGGAGUGGAGACAGAGACCAGGAGACACAGGGACAGAGACGCAGGGACAGAGACAGGGGUGUGGAGACACAGGGACAAGGAGACACAUAGGGGUGGAGGCAGAGGGACAGAGACAAGGUGGUGGAGGCAGAGGGGUGGAGACAUAGGGACAGAGACACAGGGACUGAGACAGGGGGGUGGGGACACAGAGACCAGGAUACAGAGACAGGGGGGUGGGGACACAGAGACCAGGAUACAGAGACAGGGGGGUGGAGACACAGAGACCAGGAGACACAGGGACAAGCAGACAGACACUGGGGACGAGCAGACAGAGAGUCGGGGAGACGAGGUCGCAGAGUUACCAAGAGACACAGAGACGUGGAGAGUGAAGAGGCGAGAGUCAGGGGGUUAGAGACGCAGAGUUGCAAGGAGAUAGACACAGAGUUACAAGGGGACUUAGAAAAAGAAAAUGAGAUGAGGACACAUCGCAAGACAGAGAGACAAAGAGACUGAGAGAGUGCAGGGACUUCUAUUUGGAACUGGGACCGAGUGACAGGGAGACGAGGGACUUGGGGGAAAACCAAAGAGGCAGCGAAGCUUGAAGACAAAAUAUCUGACAUUGGGAUAAAGGAAACUCGUAAAAUACCUCUUCUGCUGAAGAGGGUGCAUUUCAUAAAACAAGGGGAAUAGGUUCCAGGGAGGAGCCUGUAUCUGUAGAACCCUGUGGGAUCAUCGGUCACCUGUUCAGCGAACAAUCAGUUAAACGAGACCAAGGUGGCAAUCGGCCAACACUUAACGAGGGUAGGACGCAGAAAAUCUGGGAGCUAAGGACCUCUGAACUUGGGACUGACCUGGACAUCGACCGAAAGUGAGAGAUUAAAGGGAACCCCGUGAAUCUGAAGGAAGGAGGCUGCCCAGGGGCAAUGGCCAUGGCUGAGUCGGCGCUGCUGCUGGUGGUGUCACCUCGCGUGGUGGAGUUCGCGGACGCCAUCCCCGGCCGCCGACUCUCGGCCGUGGUGACUGCGAGGAACGCGGGGGACAGGAGCCGCCGGGUCCGCGUGUGCGCCCCUCGCUCCGGCGCAUUUAAGCUGCACGGAGUUCCUCUGCAAGAACAACAUUUGGCUCCUGGUCUGUCCAUUGCGGCCACCGUAGAGUUCUGCAUGGAGCACAAGGGAUCUGUACGCGAUCGUCUACUGCUGCUGGUUGAUGGAGACUCAAUUGAGGUCCCACUCAUUGGGUUUUCUCCAGCUUGUAACUUAGAUGUACAGAAAGAAGUGGACUUUGGGUGUGUUCUGGCCAAUGGUGCCAUGCUCCAGCAGAACAUCACAGUGGUCAACCAUGGUUCUGCUCCAGGGGAAUUCCAUUUCAGCUGUGAAGGGGAAGUUAUGUUUAGUUUCCGGCCAAGCAGUGGCAUGGUACCCCCAAAAACCAUGCAGCCCGUGCAGGUGGAGUUCUGUGCAAGCAGCCAAGGGCAUGUCCUUCAAACCGCACUGGUACGGCUGGAUGGCCGUGAGGAGGCACAGGAGGUGCAGCUGAGGGCAGAGGUGGUGCAGCCGCGCUUGGAGGUUUUGUCUCCUUCUGGGAACGAGGAGCUGCGAUGCUUGAACCUGGGGGCGGCCUAUUACAACACAAGCAGGCAGGGCCAGGCUCUCCUUCGCAACCCUGGGCCCGAGCCCCUCAGCUGGGUGGCAGUUCUGCAGGAGGACACGGCCGGAGAAGAAAAGAGUGUGGAUGUGGUAGAUGCUUCAGCUCCCAGGCAUGAGCUGCAGGGAGUGCUGCACUGCUUCCCAAGUCAGGGAACUCUGCGUCCGCGCGAGGAAAUACCUAUCACGCUCACCUUCAGUCCACGCCACACACGAGAUCGCACUGGCUGGAACCACAUGGAUCGACCGCCUCCAGGACAUAACUACGCUCUCUUUAUCCACUUUGAGAUCGUCGGCAGCCAAAACAGCUCUGUCAUUCCUCCAGGGCAACCCCGGCAGCCACAUGGUACAGGCUUGGUGGGAGUGGAGCUUGCUGUGACAGCCACGGCUCAGCCUCUGCUGCUGAGCACGGUUCCGUCUCCCCUGGUGUUCGACGUCGGUGCGUGUGCACCGGGCGCACGCGUCGAGAUGCUCUGCACCCUACGCAACGAGUCGACCGUGCUGCCGCUGCACUACCGCAUCCCUCGAGUGGCCCACAUCCAGGCCAUUCCAGCCGAGGGCAAGAUACCGCCUGGCCAGACACAGGACGUGGUGCUGUCAUUCCGACCCAAGCAAGUCGGGGAGCUGCAAAUGCGGCCCACGCUCGAGCUGUUGGGCCCUGUCGUGCCCCGAAGUGGCGGUGGCACCGUGGGGCUGUCGUUGAAACCCUUCCACCGUAUUCCGAUGCAAAUGAGUGGCCAGGGCAUCCCAGUCACUCGCCGUCCCAACCCCGCCUUUAACCCAGGCCUCACUCCGCUCAUCUCCAACGCGACGGGCACGCUGGUGGAAGUCAAAGCGGCUGAGGCUUCCAGUUACACGGCUUCGGCACAAACCGCGCUGCUCAGCUCGGCCAAGACACGCAUCCACCAGCACAGGCGCAGCCACAGCGCCGACGACGGGGCAGCCCUCCUCUCCUUCCCCAAUGACCGCGCGGCCAGCGUGCGGCCCAGUGACAGGAAGCAGCCCUACCGAACGAUAUUCACAGGCGAGGGCCGGCACACGUACAUCGACCCGGAUUUUGCGUACACUGACGAAGAGGAGCUGCAAAGGCAGGAGCACAAGGAACGCUACAGCCACUUCAUCCAGCAGCUGAGAAACCAGCGCCUCUCUAAGCUGCAAACCAGAGAAAACAAUGGGAAUGAGAACUCUGCAGACUUGGGCAUGGAGCCGGCUUCCGGCCUGUCUCCUCCCAGCCCCAAACCGCCAGCAAGAGAUGCGAUCGCACAUGGAAGGAGAGUCACCAAGCCAGGCCAGAGGCACAGCCGGGUGCUUACCACACGAGACCUGACAGCCACCGAAGUGAAGGCGUCUAUUCGUCCCCAUGUGGAGGGUCUGAACGCUGUGCCAGCUACACUGCAAGAGAAGGAUGACUGCAGCAUGAUUUUGUCUCCCCAGCAACUCCUGAAAGUGAUCAUAGGCCCAAUGCCGCUGGAUUUUGGAGAGGUGUGUGUCGGCUCGGCCGUAAGCAGGAGGCUGCACGUGGUCAAUGGGCUGGAGCACCACGUGCUGCUCUGCCUGUCCACCGAGUGCCCCGAGCUGCAGCAGGGCAGCCCCUUGUCACAGGUGGUGCCUCCCUUGUCCCGCGCCUCCCUGCCUCUUCUCUUCCAGCCCAGCCAACUUGGCAGGUUUCAGAGGUCGUUUUGGUACAGCGUGAACGAGCACCACUCGUCACACCUCGUGGUGCUGGCAGAGGUGGUGUCCUUAGAGCUGGAGCUGCGUCCCGCCGUGCUGAAGGUGGCGGCAGUCGAGGGCCUUGCCUCCGAGCUGGGUGUGCGGUCAUCGGUGCGGCUGUGUAACCCGCGCAACCUGCGCGCCUCCUUCUCCUGGGAGCCUGUGCCCAGCGAACUUGGCGUGCCCUUCUCCCUGCGGCCCGCUGCUGGCUGCGUGGAGGAGAACAGCGAGCUGGAGUGUGAGGUGGUGUGGCACCCUUCGUGCAGGGCCACCGAUCAGGCAGAGUUCGUUGUAAACGUACAGCACGGAAACUCCCUUCGACUCAAGUGUCAGGCACAAAUUGGCGCGGUGAGCGUGCAGUGUGUGGACCAGCGGGUGGUGCUUGGAUCUGUGCCGCUCAACAUCACAACUGUGCGGAGCGUAUUUUUACGCAACAUGGGGCAACAGCAUGCCUACUUUCAGGUUCUAGACCCCAGCCCGUUGCCUGGGCUGUCCAUCAUGCCAGAGGAAGGGGUGGUGGCCGUGGGUGGAGAGACGGAGUUGGCUGUCUGCCUCACUCCCAACACUCUUGUCACAUUUGACACCAAGGUUCAGGUGGCAUUUCGAGGAGGUAAAAACCAGGAGCUGAGGAUCAUGGGUUCUGUGGAACCCCCAGCCCUGGAAAUUAACGUUAAAGCGCUGCGGUUUGACGGGGUCUACGUCGGUUCAAGCCGCUCUCUUCCGUUCACACUCAGAAAUCCGACUCGAUGCUGUGUGCAGUCGGAGAUCGACCUAUCAGCUCGUCCGGACUUUAAACUCGCACUCACUCACAAUCAGCACGCAGCGUGUCUGAAAGAAGAUAUUCCAGGGCUGUACUCGCUUGAAGUCGAUGCUGGACAGACUGUUGGCUGCUCUCUGAACUUCACACCAACAGAGGUGGCGGCUUAUGACUUCCGCCUCCCCAUGCAUCUGAACGGCUUGGUGGCUCCCUCGCCCGCACCAAGCACCGUGCCCCCCAGCCCCUCCACCCAGCACAUCCGCACCCCGCGCCCUGCGUCGUGCGAUCCCAUCACCCCGGCGAGCAAGGUCCAUGCUAUUGCUCUGCGGCCACUGUUGCUGAUAUCUGAGAGCAGCCUGGAGUUUUAUUUGCCAUCCAACUACAUCGGGCUCGGCGUGUCUCCCGAGUCUCUUACCAUUCAGAGCGUACAGAUCCAGAACCUUAGCAACACGUCUCUGCAAUGGAAGUUUGACCUGAGGACACUCAGUGAGGAUUCGUUUAAGGUUUUCCAGAGUGAAGGCUCCCUGGGUCUGAAUGAAAAUGUCUCCAUCACCUUCUGCUUCUGUCCAAGAUCAGCUGGCACGUUCCACGCCCGCAUCCCUCUGCUGGUAUCCGGCGAGGGCGUGAGGAACGACAGCGAGCCAUACCGUGUCAUCUCGCUGAAAGGCGUCCUCCCCACCCCGACCCUCACGUUUCACCCGAACUCCAUCACUCUGGGACCUACGCCUCUGGACACGGAGGUGUCGGCUGAGUUUUGCAUAGUCAGCAGACAUAAUACCAGCUGGGUUACGCUGGAUGUGGAUCUGCCAGAGGUGGAAGGAGAGCUUGGGGAGAAGUUGACUCCCUUCUUCAUAAGCUUCCCCUCUGGACGAAAGUUGGGCCCCUCUGAGUACGGGCAGCCUGGUUCCCCAUUGCCCUGCCGCCUGGUCUUCCAAUGCCCCAAGCCCCUCAGCCUGUCUACCACCAUUGUGUUCCACGACUCGUUGGGAAGAAGGUUUGAGCUUCCAGUAGCGGUAUGUGCUGACAACUGUCUGCUGACUCUCUACCCAUUCCUGGCCCUUCAUCGCAACAAUCAUCACGUGGUGCUGGAAGAAGUGGAGGGAGGGGAGCGGGCAGCCAUGCUGAGGAGCUGCGUGUCUGCUCAGCAAGACUCGAAUGUCUCCUCAUCCAGCUCCCACUUCUCCUGCCCCACCAGCACGAUCUACAACUCACUGACAGACCUGACGUCCGUCAGCGUGGCCAACAGCGAGGGCCAGGAGCCAGGCGCUCCUCCCUUUGCGGAGUCUCAGUGCAUCGACGAUAUCUCCUUUUACCGACGGGCCCAGGCUGCCGUGACCCGCUGGUUCAGCCGCUUCGGGUGGCCUGGCGGAACCAACCACCUCUCUGGACCGCAGCAAUUGCGCAGCGCCAUCGGAAAAAUAUUAGUCUCCUCAUCUGAUCGCAAAAGAGGCGGUGUCGGCGGUGGCCGCAAGGGCCUCGCUGGCGCCCCGCCGCCCGGCACCGGGCCCCGCAGCGCCUACGGCUCCCCUCGGCCCCGUAGCCGCCAGCAGAGCUCCCGGCCGCCCUCCGCGCCAGCGAGGGCCACCGCCCCGGCCACGCCGUGGGUGCUGCGUAAGGGCGGCCGUACGCUCUACGACAUGCUGGCGCACCUGUGUGGGCGGGCACUGCCCGGCGUGCCCGUCAGCCAGUCGGUGCCAGCGGACGUCGCGGACAGGGCCGUGCAGCUGCACUGGCAGCACGCGACGCUGCUCGAGUUUCUCAGGGGUCAGGGAGCGUGUUUGCCAAAUGUGAAGCCUGAGCAUCUACUUCACAUGGAUGACUACUACUGCUGGCACAGUCUGCUGAAGGAAAACGGGAAAUGUGGAAUUGAAAAUGAAGAAAGCGAGUUCGGUUCCACGGCCACCGAGUUGGCGGAGAGCGACUUUGAGAAUGUGAGCGAGCGUGCAUGGACCGACGUUCUCCUGCAGAUUUUUAAGGUGUUUGUGCUGUCGCGUGUAACGACUGAAGCGGUCAGCAAAGCACUACCGACAGAAAACCGUACAAUGGCUCAGCCACCGCUCCUGGCGGUGGCACCUUUGAGUAGCAAUUUUUAUUCUUCCAGCGAGAGGUUGCUCUUGUCCUGGCUAAACCACCACUACCAUGCAUCGCGCAUGCUCAUCUGCUCUCCAGAUGACCCCCCGUCUGCACGGUGGGUGGUGAACUUUGACUACGACUUGAUGGACGGGCUGGUGAUCGCAGCGGUGCUUGCCUCCUACUGCCCCUAUCUGAUACCGAGCCACUUAAGCCGCCUGCAGCCUCAUCCCUGCAGCCCUGAGCAGUACCUGCACAAUGCCCUGGUGCUCGUGUCUGCCCUGCACGUCACGGGCCUGGCACUCGACAUUCAGGCCAUAGAGAUUACGGACCCAAAUCCCGUGCAGAUGCUCAUUGUGUGCGUGGAGCUGUUCAGGGCUCUGCCUCACUACUCCCCACACCGCUCUGUGAACUUUCCAGCAGCACUGCAUGCCCCAGUCACCCGGCAGAUCAGGGUGUCCAACCCAAGCUCCAAGCCUCUGCAGUACCGCGCCGUAAUCAUCGGAGAAGAUGCCUCGCAAUUCAGAUUCCCCAAAGGAGAAAACUACAUCCUCCCUGCCAAGGGAGGCCUGGAUGUGCCGGUGGAAUUCCGUGGCCGCUUCUUGCACGAUGCAGCAGCCGUGUUGCUGAUGCUGCCCCGGGCUGGUGCGGGCGUGGACAUGCUGGCGUUCACGCUGAACGCUCGCCUUGCCACCCUGGAACCUGAGGGAGUGUCCAAGUGUGCGGGGCCAUGUUACCAACAGCAGAUGAUGACGCUGAGUGUUACCAACCCAUUCACGGAGCCUGGAAGGUUCAGGGUCGUGGUCUUCGAAUCCAGCAGCCUACUGCAGCCCUCUCAGCUCUCACAGCUAUCUUCGCCGUGCCACCAGAAGGACCCUCGUGGCGAAAGCCUACGGAUGAGCAAGUCUGAAGAGAGCCAUGGUGUGGGUCUGCAGAGUCUUGGAGCACCGACAGGAGGGAGAAACUACGUUUGUUCGUCCUUGGAUUCCCCCGAGUGGUCAAGCGCCAUGGCAUUGCCGUGGUUCCUGUGCCCGGUGGAAUUUGUUCAGCUGGAUGUGGGAGAGACGGCGAGCCUGGAGGUCACCUUUCUACCAUUUGGCCUCGGCCCAAGACACUGCUACCUUCUGCUUCUCAAUGCACAGAUUGGGGAUGUUGUGUACAUGAUCGAAGGCUGCUCUAGUCUGCCCACUGCUCUCCCUCCCAUGGUUCUGCCCGACACUCCUAAUGUCCAUGUCGGCAACACACAGGCGGGUCAAGGGAGCAGCCCUGUGCUGUACGUGCGGUGUGCGGAGGGCCAAGAGGCGACCGUCGCCCUGCGAGUGCCGUGGGUGAACACGCAAAGGGACGAGGCCCUGGCCCUGGCAGGCGAGUUGCGCAUGUCGGAGCUUGAGCUGGAGCGCCGCACCCUCACCAAGAGCCUGCGAAGCGCCAGCGUCAAGGCGGCGUUCGCCAGGCUGGCGCUGCAGACUGACAACUCUGAGAAGCACUUCGCUGGUUCAGGAUCACGAAGCAAGAAGUUCCAUGUCGAAGCAAGCCUGUCCCAACACUUCACCGUUCCGCAUCAGUUGUGCAUGCCUGCACCUCCCAGUGGAUCAGAAGACUGCGACACGGUGGCUCUGCCGGUGAGGUUCUCCCCACCCAGCCCGGGACGCUACCCCUGCAGCGUGGUGCUGCGCUCCUCCGAUGACGUUCGCGUGUAUCGGCUGGAAGGCCUCUCCGCCCCCGAGCCGACUCACACCACCCUGACCUUCUGCACCGCCGCUCACAACGCCCUCAGCCAAGACAUACCCAUCCACAACGCAACUCAGCAGGACUGGUUGCUCACUGCCCACGUGGAGGGCAAGGGCUUCUAUGGAUCACAGUACCUGCAGGUGCUGGCCGGAGAGACCGCACCCUACUCGCUGCUCUUCAGACCUGGCCAUGAGGGAGAGAUCGUGGGUCGGUUGGUGCUGUACAACGAGCAAGACAGCUCAGAGCACACUUUCGUGCUGAAUGGCAAAGGAGAGAGGCCGUCUCCACUUGCCCAUGUGGUCAUCCACGCGCAGGCCGGGCAGACUGCAUGCAGGGAGAUCUCCGUGCCCAACUACACUCACCACCGGCUACGCUACUCGGUGGAGUCCGACGUUCCGUUUGUGAGCGGCGCCCCCACGCUGAACGUUCCAGCCGGGGAGAGCAGGCCCUACCUCCUGACCAUCACUCCGUGGAAGCGAGGCACCUUCUACGGCGUCGUGAACUUCCACGCAAAGGAAAAGGCGGCGAAGCAGCUGGAGGCGACUGAGCAGGCGGCAGCCGAUCAGAGGCAGCCUUUCGCUGAAGCGGAGCACGAGCUGGACGUUGCUGACGGGCUCGUCAGUCGGGUGUGGUUCACGCUGGAAAUCAAGAGCGUGCCUCCACCUCCUCAGCGAACGGUCACCGUAGAUGCAGCGAUGCAGGGCACAGUGGAGGUGAGCGUGCCGGUGAGGAACCCGUGCGACACACGGCUCACGCUGGACGUGGCGCUGGAGGGCGUGGGACUGAGCGGGGACGCCCGUAUCGUGCUCGCAGCUCUGGAAUCGGGAGUCUACCGUCUGCUUUACCAGCCCAGCCGCAUCGGGGCCUCUCGCGGAAGCGUCAUAUUCCAGUCAGAGGUGUGUGGAGAGUUUUGGUUCGAUCUGGAGCUGAUCGCAAAUCCCUCAGCCCCUGUCACUGUGCCCGAGCUACAAUGCCAACUUGGAAAGUGGACGAGUCAGCUGCUGCGUUUGACGAACACCACAUCGGAGAAUCUGGAGCUCGAGCCGGUAGUGAGCAACCCCAAAAACUUCACCCUGCAGAUCCCAGCAAACAGACUGGUUGAGCUCCCCGCUAAGUCUGAGCGAGAAAUCUCCCUCCAGUUCAGACCAUCUGCUCUGGGGUCCGCUGAUCAUCAUGCCGCUAUAACCUUCACCUCCUCGCAGACGGGCGCGUGGGUCUUCUUUGCGAGUGGAGUGGGGCUGCCACCCGAGCCCUCGGAGCCCGUGAGCGUGAUGGCCCUGCUGGGCUCGCAGGCGACACUCAUCCUGCCCUUCAGCAAUCCCACCGAGUUCGCGGUCAACGCUCAAAUCUCACUCACGGAUGAAGAGAGCGUGGUGCAGUUGACCAGUUCCUCUGUGCUGACUCAGAGCAUUCAGGCAGAGUCCCCGUUCUCCCUGCUGCUCAAGCGGACGAGCGAUGUGUCCUUGCCACCACGGGGCCUCCUGUCCAUCCCGCUGAGCUUCUCACCGGAAUCCCCACGUCUCCGCCGAGCUCUCUGCGUCGUCUCGCUCAGCCAGGAGUCCGGGGGGAGGUGGCAGACCAAUGGGCUGGACCUUCCCGUGUCCAACCUCGCCAGUGUGCACAUUGGGGACGGUGGCGAGGUCACAGAAAUCCGCUGGGUGUUUCCAAUUCAUGGCAUACCGGUGAUAAACCCGCCAACAAGUACGCCUGCCACGUUUAGGUGCGCGGCGAGGAGCCGGCUGGAGGAGUCUGUCGAGGUGGCACUCUCCAGCGUCCUCCCGGAGAGCCGCGACAGCACCCCAUACACUCCCAGGCACUCGGCUCACUCACCACCACCACCACAACAACAGCUGCAACCACAACUGCUGCAGCCCCCCACGUGUGAGAGCCCUCGCUCAAGAUCUCCCAGGCAGGGCAGCGCCAGUUCAGCGAGCAGACCAACAGAACUCCGCCACUGGCUGGACUUUGGAUUUGGGAGUGAAGAUGCGGCGCCAGAGUCUGCUGCGCAGGCGGCGUUGGAGAGCGCCGUGGCCGUGAGUCUGCUGGGUCAAGAGCGCGACCCCCACUCGGGCAUCGUGCGACUCACCUUCAGAGUCGUCUUCGCUCCCCAGGCUCCACUCAGCGCGGCGGCCUCGCUGCUGGUGAGCGGCCCCUCGGGAGGCAUCUACCGCUUCCCUCUCCACUUCGAGGCCACGGAGGCCCUGCCAGACGACGUUGUCACGAUCCACGCGCACGGCCUGCACCAGGCGUCCACGGUGGCUUUCCGCCUCACCAGCAAGUCAAGGCAUGCGGCCGCCUACUCGGCAAGCUUCACGCGAGACAGCGACCCUGAGUUCAGCGUGUGGCCUCCGAGCGGGGAGCUGCUGCCCGAGGGCAGCGAGGGAAGUCGCCUUGCCGUGUCCUUCUGUCCUCGGAGCUACGGCAAGCCGUACCGCGCCACGCUGCUCGUCAAGGCGGGCGAGACCACAUGGAUGUACGAGAUUCACGGCGAACCCUCGGUGUAUUAUCCUCCCUCCGCUCACUCCUCACUCCAUUCCAUUUUCUCGGGAAAGUCUAAGUCCAGAGCGCGCCCGGCAGCGCUGGCCAGCCUCAAGCAGCCAAGCCAUCGCAACUUUGUAAGCGAGAACCUGAAUCUACAGAGCACGGGGCCCUCCUCACCCAUCAAGGGGGCACCGCUACUGGCCUCCAACAAAUAGAGCGAGCGAGGUCAGAGGGGAGACGUGACAGCGAUCACCGCCAGGUGUGAAAUGUUACAUUUCCACGACAGUGAGACACUGGAGCUGAGCCGAGCCAAUGCAGUUGCUGCAUUGGCUCGGCCCCUUCCUGCACCAUUCACCUUGCUCUGUUCCCCACUUGUUAUGAUUGUGAUCACGUCCCUCGGUGGCCAGAGGGACGCGAUCAUCAUCAAGUUGAAUAUUUUUUUUGCAACCUUUAGUGUUUUUCUAGCAUUCGGUUAUGCUAUCACAAGGCAAAGUCUAUUAUUGGUGUAAUGUUCCAUCUUGUAUUUUCUUGAACAAAAACAUGGCACUGACGUUGAUCUUCCCCUGCACCUCAGUUAGCACGGCUGGCUAUGGACGGUGCGAAAGAAGGUUCAACAUACACGCAUACAUACAAGAGACACCAUUGACCACGAGUCGAUCUUAUUCGUCGACCCCGUCACAUCACGUCUGCUCCCGAGGGCGGCCCGGCUGAACGGUCGCAGCUGCUGCCUUGGGAAAGGAAGCCACGCAACCCAGGCACGACCCCGUUACACAGCCCACUUCACGGCAGAGGUCGCAACCGGUUACCCGAUACCCGUACCCUACCCGAUACCCGGCUACCCGUACCCGGCCGGGUAUGGGUACGGGUAGCCGUUUGCCACCCUGGUGCGGCCGGGUACGGGUACGGGUACGGGUAGGCCGUGAGUCACUGGUGAGUCACCGUUUGUCACUCAUUUCAGGUAGGGUACGGGUACGGGUAGGGAACGGGUACCCGUACCCAGCCGGGUUUAACAUACACGCAGCCGGGUACGGGUACCCAGCCGGGUACGGGUACCCAGCCGGGUACGGGUACCCAUGGGUUGGGAACCGAACCAGCUCACUUCCCAGGGGCCAUGGGAAUGCAUCAUAUAUGAGACAAUUUAAUGUACAGAGGAUGCCACAUGAGGAAGACCCAUUUACUCAUAUAUAUCCGAGGCCGCGGUGAAGUCCUCAUAAUACUGUAAUAAAAGGACUCAGACACUU